UGCAAUGAUUUUAGACUAUCAAACCUAGCGAUAAGACGAAUAUAACAAAGCCUUUAAAAUUCUUUUUUCUGAGGAUUGUAUCUACGCCCCGAAGGUACAGAGUGGCUCUAGCAUUCCAUACAGUGAAGCGACUACACGCAAUAAAACUUUGACGUGUUUUAAAAAAAGACGUCAUCAGAUAUUCAGUAUGACGCAGCACGAUGUCACGUGUCAGAUGCCAGUAGUCGGCGGUGCGGUGGCGCAAGGGUUGGAGUUGACUGUCCUGGGUUCAGUUCUCGCCUCAGGCACGCUGUUGUGCACGUGGCAUCUGUUUACAUGGUCACUACUAGGACGGGUGUCUCUCUGGGUGCUCAAGCUUUUUCGCUGAGAAAAUAGUCAGAGCUUAGCUAAAUCGUUUUAACGAUAGAACAUCAGAGAACAGCGAUGGGUCCUCUCACAGCUUUCAUUGCGUGGACGGUGUCAUCCUACGCGUGUCAUCAGCUGGCCAAGGUUUUCCUGACUAACGUCAGCAAUUUGCUCCCCCACGUGACCCCAGUUACCAUGGCUGCCGCACUCACGGUGACGCAGAUGUUCUUCUGCUGGAUGCUCACGACGACGUCGUGGAAGAUCCGUUUGGCCGACGUCGCUAAAAACAAAGAAAGGAUCAGCGAAAAAAACAAUCAUUUUCAUAACAACUAUCGCGUUGCCCUGGUGAUGCACGUGUUGUCGACGUUUCUGACCAACUGGAGCUUAGCACGAACGGAGGCGGCCUCCACGUUGGCCAUCAAACUGAUGGAGCCGCUGGUGUCCGCGGUGGCGCAGCGGGUGUGGCACGGAGAGCCUCUCAGCAACAGCGUGUGGGUCAGUCUACCCUUGGUCAUCGGCGGCGCCGUCGUCUUCGUGUCUGACGAUCCCUUGAGUGUACAGCACGCGCUGAGCGCAGGUGUGGUGCUGGCCAUGGGCUCCAACGUGCUGCUGGCCGUCAGAAACCUGGCCAUCAAGGGACUGCACUCUGGACAACUAAACCUUGGCCCUCGCCGUUUCAGCUGGUCUGUUGGUGGUGUCCUAGUGGGAAUGUCAGUACUAGUGCUGACUGCUGUCUGGUGGCUUGAGAUCGUGGACAUCGUGUCACGGAGGUCAACUCGUGCUGUGACGUCACUGCUGCUGUCGGGGGCGUUUCACGUCACGUACUCACUUAUCAGCACGAGCGUCAUCCUGCGCGCGUUGGACGUGGUCAGUCACUCCAUGGCCAAUGUCAUUAAGCGCGUGCUUGUGGUGGCGCUCCUGUACUUCAGCGGGUCACGUAGUGCAUCUGGCGUCAACGUUGCGGGUCUGAUGGUGACUAUUGUUGGUCUGGCUGUGUAUGUCAGAGAAAAAACUCACUCCAAAACAAACACGUGUACUAAAAGGAUUACCUUCCACUCCUUUAAAGGGGGAGCAAGCAGCCAGUGCAGACAUCUAACCAAGGUGCUGUUUGUCACGUGUCCCAUACUUCUUAUUGGCUGGCACCUUUCUGGUAUCAUCAUGUAUGAUAUCGACAACAUGGCGCCGGCAAGUCCUUACGGGCUUCGAUGGCCAGGACGCCCACACAACUUCAUGCUGCUGUCUCAGUGGGCCGACUUCCUGUCUUUGGACUACACCCUCCAUCCCUUCGACACAGACCGCCUGGCUCCUACCCUGCACACCAACGACGAGGUGGUGUGGGAGAUGCAGCGCCUGCACGUGCGGGUUCUGACGUCACUGCUAGCGGGUCGACGUCACGCCAUGCUGAUGGAGUUCGCCACUUACGAGAACAAAGGCGACCCCGCCAUUGCGGCGGGACAGGUGGCCUUGUUGAAGCGACUCAAAGUGACUAUAGUGUUCAGCUGUUCUACUGGACGCUGUAACGAUGACAACCUAAAAAAGGCAAGGGAGAUAAGUAACGGUUACAACUCAACAUCGCUUAUUAUUCUUUUGCAAGGUGGCGGUAACCUCCUGGGUUACCCUGGCUUUGACACUGCUAGGAAAAGAAUAUUGAAUCUUUUUCCAGAUUUUCCGACUGUUUUGUUUUCUCAAAGCAUCUGGCUUAAAAAUAAAAAUCGAGCUCAUCUGAAUGAGAGCCUUGAGAUUUACUCCCACAGGGAGAACCUGACCAUCUUCUUACGGGACAGACAGUCGCUGGCUCUGGCGCAGGAAUAUUUUCCAGGGACGAAACUCAUGCUGAUGCCCGACAUGGCGUUUGGCCUGGGGCGUGUCCCGCGCACUAUGCCACCCACCCUCGACAUCGUGUGGCUGAAGAGAAGUGAUCGCGAGUCUUCCGGAUAUAAAGUACCCGAGAUACCUACUAACCUCAGUGUUUCCAUGAGUGACUGGUGGGAUUGGAAGACAAACCCGGGUAAAUCCCCCAUGGAGACAGCCUUUUUGAUGACCUUUAACGGGUUCUCGUACUUGCAGCGUGGGCGCGUGGUGAUCACUGACCGACUACACGGCCACAUCCUGUCCGUGCUGCUGGGAAUCCCUCACGUGCUCAUCGACAACCCUCCCUACUUCAAACUCUCCUCCUUCCGUCGCACGUGGACGGCGGGGUUAUCCAACACGGUGCUGGUCACCACAGGGGAGGAGGCUCUGGAAGAGGCACAAAAACUGCUGAAGAAGUACAAUAAUUAUCUUCCUAAUGUUGUACGUGCUUAACAGCUAGAUGUAAAUUCCUGGACCUAUUUAAACUCACCCGCUUUAGUAAAGGUAGAUUAUAAAAAUGAUUUAGAAGGAAGCCUAACUGGAGAUUACUCACUAAUAUAUUGUUCUAUUGCGAUGCAAAUUGGGAAUAUUUAAUUGUAAAGAUUUGGUGAAUCGUUUAGUUCCAAGCAGUCACCUGCUGUAUACGAGUCCAAGUCCGCAACUAGAAGGUCCUUCAAAGGUGGAGACCCAACCUAGAUAGUCGGAUCGAAGGAGAUUCCAUCCCAUGCCCACAUGACCAUAACAGGGCGGUAAUGUGAUAUUUCAUGCACGCCUUACCAUGGAAUAAUUAGAGGAGAAGAAAAAUACAACUUCAACUUCGACCUAUUGCCUAGGAAAGUCUAUUUUACCAAUAAAGAGGCAACGAUGCUUUUAGAAGAGUUUUACAUGGGUAUGUAUAUCAUGAGUGUAGAAAAGUAUAUAUGUAUAUGGUAUUUAUAGAAAAUGAUAGUACACAAUGUGAGGUAAUAUCUACAUUAUACUAUUCUACUAAAAUGUACAUGGUCUAUUGUCACGAAAGAGUGGGGAUAGAGCUGUAGUGUGGGUUGGCCCGUCUGUUCUGUUCACAAGACAAGCAGUCACGUAAGCAAACGGACGGGCUGAAGGUGAACUCAUACCACUUGAGACUCGCGACGCCUACAUCACCUGGAAAUAAAAGGUCGUUCACGUAAUGGCAGUCACGUAAGGCAGGGUCAGGUGUAGCCGCGAGGGCGCUAUCGUCAUAACAGACAAGCCUUAGAGCGAAACACGUGUUUGAUUACGUUAUAGAAUGGGGAACGUUGACACAACGUAAGUAAGAAGCCAGACAACUAGGCAACUAGCUUACGUAGAGCAUCGCUGGAAGGCUGGGAACUACGUCGUACACUAGCUAGGGUGUGUGAUUGGUUGUUGUGGUAUGUCAUGUGGUGUGACUGGCCAAUCGAAUGCAUGGAUGCCACGUGCCAGAUGUUUUGAUCUUGAUUUUCGAGGAAAACUCGAGGCUUUUCGAUGGAGACUCUGGGUGGGUAACAUCGAAGUGAGUUUGCAGCUCAAGACUUCGCUACCUCGUGGUCAGACAGAAAGCUAAGUGGUAUGUACAGGGCCGCCGAGAGCCAGCCCGGGCCCGGGACAGACGACCUCUCCGGGCCCCUUGUAAUCGUAAAUUAUUUCCCCA